AUGCCGUACAGCCUCCCGCCUGCGGCUCCUUCGCCGCCCAGUCCGGGCGCCAGCAGCUCACGAUUGUCGUCGACACACGGGCAGAGGUACUCGCCGUACCCUAGUGCAUCUAGCAACCAGCCGCGGGCUCUCGCCUCGGCUGCAGACAGUUUCCACUCACUCCACAGUGCAGCGGGGUCUUCCCCAGUCUUCCCGCACGACAUAAAGCUUCCCCCGCUGCACAGUCCCGACGACAGGCAGUCGGGCGGCCGACGCCGCAGCGUCGUAGCGCUCCCACCUAUCGCUGCCAUGGUCGACCGCAACCGCUGCGACGACUCAGCAGCCGUCCUACGGCGGCUGCAGACUCCAGACCACGAGGAGGAGGAGGAGGAGGAGGACGGCGACUGCCACGCGAUGGCGCGCAGCAGCGGCGACCUGGACACGCAGCGGCCGCGUGACGCACCAACAGAGUCGAGCUCCCACCGCCACCGGUACACCGCCCUCUCGCUCUCGCCCCAAGGCCACGGCACGGCGCCGUCUGAACUGCGGCGCCACGGCCUACUGCGCCAGCAGCAGCAGCAGCAACGGCGGCGGCGGCGGCGGCAGUCCCUGCGCGAGCGAGCUCGACAGCCCGGUCUCCCCGAGCCUCGUCGUCACGCCCGUCUCGGGCCGCUCGUCGUUCGACGACGGCCGCAGCGGGUGCGGCCAGAGCCCCCUUAA